UUAAUAAUGUCAAUUAUUUUUAUUGUUAGAAGUAAUUAUUUGUUUAUCAAAUGACUUUGAUAAGAUUGAAUUUCGAAUUUAUUUUCUGUGUUAAUAUUAAAAUAGAACUGAGUAGAAAUUAGUUGUUAAUUGUAGUUUUCACUCACUUUGAAAAGCUGAGAAUGGGAAAUCCCGUCUCUUAAAUGACGUUAUCAUGUGACCAUACAAACGAGAGUACAACACUCUAAAAUGGCGUCCCCCAUGAGUAGCCAUGCUGCUUCUAUGUUGACUGACGAAAACGUCGACGAAUGGUGUCAAGUCUAUUGCACAGUGUGUACCGGCUUCGAAAAAGUGGCCAGUGAGGAAGCGAAAGAAAUAUUAGGUGUAGAAGACGUUCGUGUUGGCCACGGACAUAUAGUGAUACGCUUGCCCGUAAAGAACACAGCGAAGGUUCUAACUUUAAAUGGUGUUGACAAUUGUGCUGUCUUGGUUCAUGAAAAUCUUCAUUUUGGAUUUGGAAGUAACGAGGAAGGAUGCAUGAAACAGCUUCAAUAUUUAGUUGAAAAUGUUGAUUGGAGAAUGGGCAUAAAGGUUUGGUCUCAAGUUUAUUCGUUUCAUUUGCCAAUAUCUGAGAAGCCAGUUACAUAUCCUGUUGAUUUUGGAAGAGUCAUUCCUGCUUCGGCAAUCCCACUGAAACCAAAGCAAGAAAAAUCUAAUAGAAAUGAUUAUGGCAAAAAGAAAAAAAGAUGCAAGAGGGAAGAGAAUGAAAAUACAAAUAAGGGAGAUGAUGCAGCUAAAGUUAGUGAGGAAUUGAUAGAGUCUGAUGUGAAUAUGGAGGAGAAAGUUGACAAGAGUUCUGCUAAUAUCACUGCUGAGGUCACUGAAGCAAAACCCACCAAGAAAUCAAAAAGGCCUUUUGAUCCAACAAAACCAACAUUUCGAGUCACUUGUCACAGAAGUGGUGAAAAUCACGCCUUCAGCUCAAUGAUUGCAGCAGCGAAUUUUGGUGGCGCAAUACAAACUUAUUUUGACUGGAAUGUUGAUAUGAAAAAUUUCAAUAUUGAAGUUAUUCUGAGAGUUGUUGAUGACAGUGUUUCUGUUAGCAUUGCUCUUACCAAAGAGAGCUUACACCGGCGCUUAAUUACAAAUUUCGGACCGACAACUCUUCGUGCGACUACUGCCUAUAACAUGCUCAGGUGUGUAUUUUUGUCCAGAUUAAUAUUUGGAGUGUAUAAUUCUGUAUUUUUAUGGUUUUUGUGUGGCACCUGA